AGAAAAAAAUGUGUAAUUGAAGAGUUUGGAAGGGUGAAAUCUCUCAAUCUGACAUACACCGGAUGGUCGCCUCCUUUUUACUACUGCUAUCCUGUUUAACUGCUCUAACAGUUGCUGCAAAAGUCCCGUGCAGCGCAAUCCCAGAACAUGGAGACGUAACGAAAGGUGGAGAAGGAGUCUACAAUUUCAGAUGUUUGGACACAGAUAAACACGAACUGGUUGGCAGAACAUCGGCUUUAUGUGACAGUGAUGGCUUCUUCGAAAUUGCUUCCUUGCCUAAGUGUGUAGAGAAGCAACCUCUGACCACACACAUAAAGACUACACACAGUGGACUUGAGUGCACUAAGGAGAAAGUGGCAGAAAGGCACAGUCUUCUCUUGCGGUACCUCUCACAGGCGCUGUGUAUGAAGGAGCAAACUUGCGUCUUAAAGGGCAUGUCUUUCACGUGUUCAUCUCCUUUCAAGGUUACUAUAGAGUCAGUGUUCACAGUAUCUGACAGUCGAGCAGGAGAUGAUCUUGUGGACUUGGCCAGUAGAUUAUCAGAAAGCAAACACUCUAGGCAAAGGAGAGAUAUCAACUUCGAUGAUUUCGAUACAGAAGAUCCCGUAACUUCUGCUUGCGAAGAUGGAGAGGGUGUUUCUAGCAAUGGAGAUAACUGCGUGGAGUGUCCUGAGGGCAUGUACGGAGACGGAGCUACAACUCCCAAGUGCGUAGAGUGCGCUUUGGGAACAUACAAUGCAGCGUCUAAACAAACUGAGUGUACAGCUUGUGUCAGCCCUAAGAGCACUUUGUUGACAGGGUCCACGGCUGCAGAUGAUUGUAAAAUUUUGUGCACGCUACCUGCCGCAUCAGAAAACAGUCAGUAUACGAUAUCUGGAGUGGCGAAGUCUGACGGAACCACAGUGGAGGUGGGGAGCGUGUUCACCUUGCUCUGUGAUCAGGGACACACCUUCAAGAACGAAAAUAAAUUCACCCAGACCUGUACAGACGGCCUGCAGACAGCAGAAAUCAAAAAUGAGUGCUUCAAGGUGACGACGACACCAGACGUAGCAGUGUACAAGUUCCUGGGCGAGACUGCCAGUAUCACGUGUGUAGGAGAGAGUACAGUAGAUCCCCACCUUAUUGAAGUCAGAGAUCCUGUUCCUACCGGGCUCACCGUCAGCCCAGUUGCCAAUACAGGGACCUGCGACGCUACUAAUAAAAACGAGAAACCAGAGUUCAGUGUAACAAGUGCCGCUACUUCUGGCCGAUUUGAGCUGUCUUGUGACAUGCAGGUUUACAGUGAUAUAAGCGAGAAGGAGCUGUCUGCCGACUCAACUACUGUAGUGUUCAUGAAAGCAGUGGAACCUGCAGCCAACAUAGAUACUGACGUCGGAGCAGCUCUCACUUUGGCAGCUUUGGUCAGUCUGGAUGAUGCUUCUACUUACAGCUUCGCCUGGACAAAGGACGGCAGUACUUACAACACUGCCCAAAACAGUGACACAACUGUAACGGGACUGGCGUACAAGAGCUCGUCUGUGACAAUAGCCAGUGUAACUCUGGAAGAUAAGGGCACUUAUGUAGCAACUGUCACCGUGUCAGACCUGACCGGCACCCAAAUGUUAACUAAAACCUUUACAACCGUUGUUGCAAUAAAAGGAUUCUCCGUGCAGCCCCAAGAUGCAGGUGGAGACACCAGUGUCAUUCAGGCAGAAGGAUCACAAGCUGUUCUGACCUGUGCUUUUUCGGGAACCAUCGACGCUUCAGAGACUUUUACCUGGACAAAAGAUGCCGAAACUACCGACGCUAAUGACGAAGCUUUCAUGGCAGUGACGGCAGAAACCAAGGAUGGAAGUCUCUACAAGUACUUAACCAUAAACGCCUUUCCCGCCGGCUGGACAGACACUAAAUUUGUGUGUAAGGUGUUUAAAACCAGUGAUAAAUCAGAGCUGUAUAAGAGCGAGGCCAUCUCCCUCUCAUCCUCACCCUACGUAGUGACGAUGGACGCUGCUGACAAGUGUACUGAAGAUGGAAAAGACAUUGAGUUCGAAUGUACAGCCAGUUUCCCAGACAGUAUCACUAACGGACCAACAGUAACCUGGCACAAGGUCUCAGAGGCCGGGGACACGCUCGUUGAGGACGGAGACAAUUACGUAGUGCAAGGAUCUAAAGAUGGAAUCAUCUUCAAGUCCAUCAUGACUGUAGAUAAGGCAUCAAGCACCCAAGCUGGGAGCUUUUACUGUGUGGCUACUUACACUGAGCCGGACUAUCUGCAAAUAUCCAAGAAGACUGAUGCUAGAUCCCUUACUGUAGUCGAUCUGGCUCCUAUACCGAAGAAGUACGUUCUUAUCGGGGAUACGGACAUUAUAUUGACGACCACUUUUACUGGACAGAAGCCUCUAGCAGCUAAGUGGUCGAACGAAGCGGGCGAUGAACUGGUCACUGGUGCAGAUUAUACUGUAGUGGGUGACGUCAGCGCUGAUAACGGACCUUAUACCCUUAGUUUAUUAAUUAAAACUGUGUCUGCUAGUACUCCUGUCGGUUUUUAUGUCGAGCUCAACCUAGCUCCUGAAUGUGAUGGAUUGGCUGUGAUGAACCAGUACACAGAAGAUGCUGAGCUCGAGAUACUAGCCGCUACAAUCAGCACUGACGCUACAGAGUUUAAAGCUGAGAACGACUACGCGUUUGAAGGUUCUGAUGUAAAGUUUACAUGUCUCUACUCCAACCCAUCAGACCAAGCAGCCCCCGCUGUCACCUGGACUGCUACUGCUACUAACGGUGGGGCAGCUAUCUCUACCGGAACACCUGAUAACAGCGCCGCAGCCAGUAGUCCGGAAGGAAAAGUAGUGAUAACUUUGUCGAGUGUAACAGUUGACGGACACAGUGGUACUUACAAGUGUGACGCAGCGUACCCCAACUCUAUUGGAACUGCUGCUUCUUCUAUUAGAAAUCUCCAUGUUAUAGGAUUCAAGCCACUAACCACUACAUACGUGGGAGAAGGAGGUGACACUAAGGUCACGUGCACCUUUACUGGCAAGACCGGUGUUGUUACCUGGUCACAGACCGGGAACACCAAGGAUCUCUCCUCCAACGUCAAUACUGGUAACUAUGAGAAUGGUGAGAUAACAAGUGAAUUGUCCUUAACAAACGCCCAACACGCAACUGAUGAGGGUCAAUAUAGUUGUACUAUGAAAUACAGUGAGAUUACUGAGGAGAAAGAACUUCAGCCCUGGCUCAAAAUUAUGAGGAUAACAGAAGUGACCGCUGUGCCAGUGUACAACGUGUUAGCAGCUAAGUUCGACCUCUCUUGCAAGAUCUCGUGGGACGUAGCAGACUUAUCGUACACUCCUACCGUAACCUGGCAACUGACCGACACAGCAGGAGCCCCUAAAGCUCUUACAAACGCCAACACUGAUAAAUACACCUUCACUGUAGCCAGUUCUGCAGCUACCGACAUGGGCUCCUACCAAUGUAAGGUAGAUUUCAACGGAGUGGAAGUGACGGGUGAUGUCACAGUGUACGUGCGAACACCUCCAGUGUUUGCUGUCAGCGUAGCGAAUCCUACCGCCUCCAACUUCAACUCUCCCAGCACAGUGGUACUGGGAGCACCUGUAACUCUGAGCUGCACCUUCUCGGGUGAUGCUACAGGGGAUGUACUGUGGUAUGAGGGUACCAACAUCCUCACUGACACUAGUCUCUACACUCUAGAUGCCGCUGCACAUACUACUUACGGUGCUACCAGCAGUGCUGUCAUUCUGUCAGUUAUAGAUGCUACACACGAAGGAACCUACAAGUGUAAGUCCACUUACACGUCCGACAGUGUAGAUACAGAGUCCAACGCCCUGACUCUCUCUGUGUUGGGAGCUACUGGAGUCACCAGCUCUAAACGGUUUGCUAACAAAGGGGACGACAUCACCUUUACUUGUAACUAUUUGGAGCUAACAGGAGAUGACUCCCCUGCUACAUGGUCUGUACAGGGAGACGCCCUAACCAAGGCUGCAACCAACACGGCUACCUCUAGUGAGUUUACUGUUACCGGGGCAACUGUGGAGAGCAACGGAAAAGCAACGUGUACCGUGACCUACAGUAACUCUCUGACUAACUCUGUGGAAGUGGAUCAGUAUGUGAGGGACACAGUGUUUGGAAAUGUUAUUGAUGGAAAGUUGUAUGCUCUGAAGGGUGCACAAGCUGUACUCACAUGUGUUAUACAUGGUGACGGUCUUAAGGAAGAUAUUGAAUGGACUCCAGCAGGAACUGCAAACACAGAAACAUAUACAUCAGAGUCCACCUCCUCUACCUAUACAAUAACCUCUGUUGCUGAGGCUGAUGAAGUGGAAUACACUUGCUCAGGACGAUAUUCAGAGGACGAUGUUAAAUCUACUGCUGCUCAAACUCUCACUGUCCUAAAGGUAACGGUGACUGGAACUUCUCCUGUGAACAAGGCUGGGGACACUACUCUCACUUGUGACCCUGUUGACGUCGCCUCUACCUACUCCUGGACAAAGGGAGCAAACCCAAUAAAUGGCGAGACAGGGAACACCCUAAUACUGAGUGGAGUGGACUUCACUGCAGCUGCUGAUUACAAGUGUACUGUAGUCUACCUUCACAGUCUUGGUACUUUGGAGAGUGAGGCUUUCCCCGUCUUCGUUCAAGGUUUUGUUAGUUUGGAACAAGGACCUAAAGUUGGAUCAUACAAUGAGGUAGGAGAGACGAUCACACUAAAAGCUACGAUAACAUCUCCAACAUCCCCGGACACAUUCAAGCUGUACAAGGGAGACGAUACCGACGUCACACCUAUCACUAACACUCCUGCUCCCACUCAAAAUGCAGUCGACCAAUCCUGGGAUGUGGAAAUAGAGUUCCUGGCUACUAAAGUAGCGGGAAAGACAGUGGCUUACAAGCUGGUUGUGGAGAACACUGGUAGUAUCGAAAGUACUGUCUCUAUUGACGUAUUCGAGAAGUGUCCAGUAGAGGCAGUAGCAGAUAUCACAGCUCUGGACGGAACACCACUAGACCACAUGGGCACAAUAUCUAAUUUGGAGUGUACUGGAGGUAAAAGUCUGCUGGGGUCCCCGGCUGCUGCCUGUAAUGACGGUGUCCUCACUUGGUCUGCCCCUCUUUCUGCUCAGCCUGAGUGUAUUGAACUCGCGGUACAAACAGAUCCUGUAGACCAGCUUGUGGAGAUCGGCAAGGAAACUACAAUGUCCUGUUCGUCCAUCACUACUCCUGUUACUGUAGCCAGUGUGGAGUGGUUCAAUGGGGAUGGCGUUGUGCAUACUGAUACUAACCCUGCUGCUGUUCAAGAGAGUGGUGGAACCCGUAACGUCUACACAAGUAACUACAAGAUAACAGGAGCGAAUGCUCUCAACGAAGUGUCUUACGGGUGUAGAAUGAUAACUGACGCUGACAAGACUGUCGAGUCUCAUUUAGCUAAAGUUUACAUUGUCGGUAUUAAGUCCAUCACUUCCACUUAUCCUGGACAGUACUUUGAGAGCGACAACAGUGGAGUUGCUGACUACUCAGAGACGGGCACUAUCAAAUUUGAGGUGUACGUUGGACCAGGUGUGAGUUCACAGACAAGCAAACUUGAAAUAGGAGGCGCUGAUGUUGUAGUCACCUUCACUUCAGGGACUGAGACUGACAACUUGAUGCCCUACUCUUACACGAUAGCAGAGGAAAACAAGAAAACAGGGACUUACACAGUGACUGUAACUUACACCAAACCAACUGAUGCUAACGGUGACGCUUCUUACUCAACAACUAUCUUCCUUCCUGUGUAUCAGUUCUGUAAGGUGACAGAGUUACCAGACGUAGAACGAGGCAGCUGGACUCCUGGGGACAAGGUGGACCACAGAGGCUACGCUACUCUCUCUUGUGCUGACGACGCAGACGGCAAUAAAUGGUACAUGAAAGGAGACGGUGUAGCCCAAUGCCUAAUGGGAUCAGAGAACUUCCAGUGGGAAACCCUAACUCCAGCCCCGACCUGUAACCCACAGUCAGAGCUGGUGGAGAAGUGUGGAUUGUUGGAGGAACCGGAGUUUGGAGACGUGGUUUAUAAGGAUGAGAACACAGCCUACUUCACGUGUGGUGCCGGGUACACUCUCAUCGGGGCAGAGCAGGAAUACACGUGUGACUCAGACACGGGGGCUUGGUCUAUCAUUACUAAAGAUAACCCUAACGGACAUCCUCCUAAAUGUCAAGCAACUGUCGCCGCUGUAACUAGACACGUGAUAGUAUCCGGUAUGGAGAUAACUGUAAGCGAGAAUGUGUGCUCUGACGAGGCCGGAAAAGACAGAGUUUCAAAUGCUUUGAAGGCGUAUUUAGAGGAUGAGGAUAUAGUGAGGUGCACUGUUGAGAGCUAUUGUACCUGGGAGGACUUUACUUGUACUGCCGCUGAUUCAUUACUCACUGUCGGCUUCAAGCUGAGCCAAAUCACCUCUCUCAACGAUAAAACUGUUGUAACGGAAGAUGAGGCUAGGAUCAAAUCCCAGGCCCCUACAAAGACAUUCCAAGUGAACACUGAAUCAAAUAAGCGAGCUAUUGUCUCUGCUACGAUCAAUAAAGUAACAACAGAUGUAGCUACAACCUGUUCUGCAGGAUAUGCUAGAAUUGAUAACUCUUGUUCUUCCUGUCCGUCCGGGUGGGGUUACGCUGGUGACACGUGUGUUCCUUGCUCUAUUGGUUCCUAUAGUACCGGUAACUCUAUCUCCGCUUGUACACAGUGUACGGACGCUAAAACUACAUACAAUAUCGGCUCCACAUUGGCGGCUGCAUGUGUGGAGGGUGCUGCAGUGUGUACUAUAGGGGUUGCUGCGGGAGUCGCUACUUUUGUACCUCCCACUGGAUCUCGAGUAGAGUUCGAUAAGCUUAUCUCUGUUACGUGUGGUGUAGGUCAUGCUCUUGCUGUGGAUGCUGAUAACACCUUCAAGUGUGGGGCUACUGCUCCUGCUUGUUACGAGGUAUGCUUGUUGGCUGAUAGAUCAACUGACGAGUUGAAAGCUCUGUUUAUACACGAUAAUAUUGACGCUACUGGCCAGCUAGUCCACAAUGAAAAGAUUCAAGUAACCUGUAUGGCAGGCUACGAACUUGCUGAGGACGAACCCGUCAAAUCUUACACUUGUAACGACGGUACUCUACCUGUUUUCCAGGCCUGUAUAGAGCAAGCAGGAUCUCAAGUGCUUACCACAGUAAUAGUAUGUGUGGUUGUGUUGGGUGUGGCUGUUAUAUUACUAUUCCUCUUUAUCAUCGUUCAAUGGAGGAAAAAGAAAAACGCUGCUAGUUACAAGCUGAGGGGAGAGAAAGGGUUCAUGGAUCCAAUAGAGAACAUGGCAGCAGAGGAAGGAACGGGAGUGCAGAUGAAGAAAGUGAGUCUGAAACUGAGUGAAGCAGAUAAGAAAGCUCCUCUAAUGUCCCGACCUGUUCACAUCUCCGACUUUAGCAAGUACUACGAUCUCUUGACUAGAAACGACGACCGAGAACUGAAACAAGAAUUCAGCACUUUCGACUCAUUCGAUGACAACAAUACUUGUUACCAUGGCUCUAUUCCUGAGAACGAUACCAAGAACCGCUACAAGAAUAUCAUUCCAUUCGACCACAGCAGAGUUAAACUAUCUAUAAUGAACGAUGAUGUGCACUCUGACUACAUAAAUGCUAGUUACAUACACGGCUACCACAAACCCCGAGUUUUCGUUGCUACUCAGGCACCACUCUACGAGACUCUGGAUGACUUCUGGAGAUGGUGUGGGAGAAAAAAGAGUACUAUGGUAGUGAAUCUGACUAAAGUGGAGGAGAACGGAAAGACAAAGAGUAUAGUGUACUGGCCCAGUGUGGAGGAGCGAGCUAAACAGUUCGGUCUAGUCAACGUGAAGAGGGUGGAUAAGCAGGAGAGUGAAUACUUCGUAGUGUACUCCUUCGAGAUAAGACACAAACUCGAGGAAGGAGUCCGGGAGGUGUAUAUGUUCAACUACGUAGGAUGGCCCGACUUUGACGUGCCCUCGAGAACAACUGAGUUUGUUAACUUCAUCUACAACAUCAGACAUCUCUCUUCAUCAGACCACCCAUGGGUCCUAUAGUCUGUCAUUGCAGUGCGGGUACAGGCCGAACAGGAGCAUAUAUUGGUAUAAUGAACUCAUUAGAUAGGCUUAUUAACAAAGAAGACCUGGAUAUCCUGGGAUUAGUGGGCUCGCUUAGACAGCAGAGACGCAAGAUGGUCUUCACUAAUACACAAUACAAAUUCCUGCAUAGAGUUAUGAUGGAUAUUGUGACUAACGACAACUUCGACUUAUUGAAGCAGAGUGGCUUCCGAAAAAAGAUAGAAGUUCAAGGUGUGUUGGAAAACCCCUACGUCUCAACAAGUGAGAGUGAUGAACUAGACGAACUAAAUGACACUAAAGUCUAGUUACCAUGGCAACCAUGUCAGUUGUGUACAUAGUUGCUAUAGCAACAGUAUCACCUUCAUACCUUUUAGUUAUGGGACUGUUUGGAGUAACACGUUUUUGUGAAUUCUGUCUCUAAAAUUUCAGAUUGUCCAGUGAUAUGUAAUUAUUUCAAACAGAAUAAACGCCACAUCAAAAGUGAGCUUUUUUCUAUCAUGAUUACCGAACAUCGCCGAUAUUUUAAGUCUUUUUAUACGUUCACUGACUUUAUGUGUAUACAAUAUACAUAUGCUAAGGGAAAUGUAUAUAGUUGUUGCAGUUUUUGAAAUUUCUUAGCUUACGUUUCUACAUGGUUUCUGAAAAAUCAAAGAUAUGAUAAUAAUAAAAUUCAGUUUAUGAUAUUUCCAGAUCUGGUAGAUAACCGGUUGAGGAAUUUAUGCAUGAUUUUUGUGGAGCCACCUGCCACAUUCUAUUUCUUUUAAUAUAAGUGAAAGAUACCUCCUGGUAGAGUUUUCCCUUUUAACAUUUCAUUUUAAACCGGGUCCUGUAAAUUAAGAGUUAUUUUUAUUUGAGUAAAGUUUUCGGUACGUUUUUUAGCUUAAAACUCUCACCAUUUCAGUUUUUAUUGAAUGUUAAAGAAUGUUGUCGCACAGUUAUUAUACACUCCAGUCGGUGACAUGAUUUUCUGUUUACACUUUAGAUUCAGAACUUGUAGAUACUUUUUAACUUAAUUGAAUGUAAUGUUACUAUGGCAAUCAUGUGUUGCAAAUGUGGUCACGUGACAGUGUUGUUAGAGGAAAUGUUACUUGUAAGUUUGCUAAACUGACUAGUUCCUAUUUUUAGUUCAUGUAUGAUUCAGAAAUGGUGCUAAAAGAUAGGAUUACUACUAGGAUUACUAAUUCAAAUUGUGUCGUUAAAUUACUUUUAGUUUAUUUACAUAACAAUGA